AUGAGCACUCUUGUAUUUAUUUCUUUUCUUUCUCUGCCUCUAUUGUUGGUUUGUGAGUAUGCAGAAAGCAAUUUUUCUGACUCCUUGGACAUGCUUGAGGAUAAAAGUUUAAAAAUAGAAGAUGAUUCUGACUUGCCAUCAUGGUCAGGUGAUGAACGUGGUGUCAUGGUUCUUAUGAAUGGUGAUAGCUUUGGUGCUGUUGGAGAUGAAGUUUCUGAUGACACAAAGUGCAUUGAAGAAUCCAUUCAUGUGAAGUUUGAUCAGGAAUCAUACACUGAUGAAAAAGUAGCUCAUUCUUCCUCUAUUUUUCAAGAGCUUCUCUCUUGCCCAUAUGAUGAAGUUUCUCAUGCUGAAGAAGAAGAUACUAUUCCUGAUCCUAUCAUUCCAGAUCCAAGUUCCUUGAAUCAAGAUACUGCAGUUAGCUUGACAACUCAUUUGUCUGAUAAUGAUGAAACUCUUGAGAAUGAAGACCCUCCUGCAACUGAUGUUCCCUUCAGCAAUAACACUUCAACGUCAAAUCCAGUGGAAUCAGCUUCUGGACAUCAAGAUCACCCUGUUGAUCAAAUUAUUAGGAAUCUUCAUGAUGGUGUCCGAACCAGAUCUCGUGUAUCUAAUAAUUUUUGCAUGCUCCUAAGCAACUGGUCUCGUGCACAGGCUGUGGUGGCUCAGUCUGGUUUAAGAUGUUAUCCUCAGAUCCGAGCUCAACAGAUUCAGUGUCUCCCUCUUUUGGAUCAUCAUCAUCAUCAGUGUUGGUAUCAGACCAUCACCGGAACACGCUGA